AUGUUCAUAUCAUGGAUUUUAACAGUAUUAUGUUCAAUAUGUCUAGGAGUUUUAAUAACUCUGAUUUUUCAGUAUUAUGUAUACAUAAAAUAUUUCCAGCAGCAAGGAGCUACCAUACCAGAAAAAAAAAUAAAAUUAGAACCUUUUCAAUUACCCAAGGUUCUGUUGGAUGUUAUACAUUGUAACCAGCUUGUCACAAAAGAAAGCUGCGUUUCUUUAAAUUUAAUGCUUCAAUUUUUAUUUCACGAGCUUCGAGACACUGAAAAAAUUAGGUUAUGGUUUCGAAAAAAAUUAUGCAUAGAAUUUGAAGAAUUAUUAUCUAAAUCGACGAUUGGAAAAAUGGUUGGAAAUAUUAAGAUUGUUGAAAUUGAUUUAGGUUCAGAAUUUCCAGUGUUAAAUAAUAUAUCAAUACAAGAUGUUAAAGUCAAUAAAGAUUAUUCUCAUAUUGAUGUGUUGGAUUUAAAACUAGAUGUCAAUUAUUCAGGAGGUUUUAGACUAGUUGUAGAAGCUAACAUGCUUUUAGGAAAAGCAGCUUUAAUUUCUAUUCAAAUUAAUGAAUUAUAUGGAGAAGGCAGAUUAGAAUUUACUCGUUUGCCUUAUUCCCACUGGUCUUUCACAUUUUUUAACGAACCUAAAAUUGAACUUCAUGUUGAAUCAUAUUUCCAAGGAAGACCAUUCCAACAAAUCACAAACUUUAUUUCUAGUCAGAUUAAAAAAACGCUGAAAAAAAAACACACAUUGCCUAAUUACAAAAUAAGAUACAAGCCAUUUUUUACAUCUUCUCAAAAUAGUACUCAACCGGAACAAAUUCCAAAUGGACAACUUCAUAUGAUCAUUCACAAAGUAACAAGAUUAAAUGAAAUUGCUCCAGAAAUGUCGGAAGUUUUUUGCACCAGUGGCAUAGGUCGAGUGCCAUGGAUAGAUAUAAUCAAUUAUGGCAAAAACAAUUAUUAUUUAAUUGAUAUUGUUAUCACGAAAAGCGUUUUUCAAACAAUGGGUUUUGUUUUCAAGCAAGAAUAUUUAGAAGACAAAAAUCAAAAUUGUAUUCUUGUCGAAGAUUUAAAUCAAAAUAUUCCUAGCAGUCGAGAGGUUGGACUCAAACGAGAGGAUAUAAUAGUUUUCAUAGAUGGUAAAAAAAUAACUUCGAUAAAUCAGGUUCAAAAAUAUAUUAAAUCAGCAGCCGUACAAUUUACAAUUAGAGCAGAGAGAAAAAUUCGUGAUAAAGUAAUUGAAAAUUUCAAUGAUAAUAUAGAAUCUCAUUCCCUACCUUCUUCUCCUCUUUCAUUAAGUUUACGUAGGCGUAAAGGAUCUGAAAGUGAUGGUUGUAGUAUUAAUUCCACAUUAAGUUCUUCCUCAAACAAAAGUCAAAUGAAACGACCUGCAUCUGAUAUUGGUAAACCGUCAAAUUCACUCAUAGAAACAAUUAACGAAGAAGAAGCAGAAAAUAUAUUGAAACUUUACAAAUCGAAAGUUUUAUUUAACAAACAAAUUAUACAAUUUGAAGAAGUUGUAAUAUGUCCGGUCAAAAACGAUGAUAGAUUUAUUAAUAUAAAUGUUAAAUAUAACGAAUGUAAUUCCAAUACCGAUAAGUUAUUAGGUUUCGUAAACAUUCCAUUAAGUGAAGUUUUAAAUGCUUACGAUACAUUAAGAUGUUUAAAAUUAAAACCUCCUGAUAGUUUUUCCGCCAGUAACGUACGAAAUCAUCCUUUACUAAGUCACAACGGUUUCAUUCCAUUGUUAUGUUACGGAGAUAUUAUACUCACUCUUCAAUUUCAUCCAUCGCCGGAUGUGAUCGGAAAUGUUAAAAGCGUACCGGAAAUAAUCGAACCUAGUUCGGUGACACCUGAAUCGGAAACACCCAGUCAGGAUUUCGAAGAGAGAAAACACGAUUUUGUAAAAACACAUUUUCAAACUUCGACUCAGUGUGAAUUUUGUGGGAGAAAGAUUUGGUUGAAAGAUGCGGAAAAAUGUAAAAUUUGUGGUAUGACGUGUCAUAAAAAAUGCGUUGCUAAAUGCAAAGCAAAUAAAAUAUGCGUUCCACGUUCGGAUUCCACUGUUGGAAACAUUGGAGAAAAUUAUAAUUACGAAGAAGAUGGCGUUCGUGCCAGUCUUACGCCGGAACCUGGUUCCUCAUCUCGCGAAAGUACUCCUCAGCCGACUCCUACUAAAAAAAGACUCGGUAACCUUUUGGCAACGGUUGCCAGUCGGGGAUUGAAACGUGUGGGUUCUGCCAACAAUUUGACACUUCCCGGUGACGCGUCCUCAAAUUCUCAAUCUCGAAGUUUACCUCCUUCCCCCCAACAAUCACCGUCUCCCAGCAGAAAGUCAUCUCUUCCUUUGGAGUUGAGCGAAGAAAUUUCCGAACUUUUACAAGCGCUAAUGGAAAACGGAUCGGAUUCCGGUGACAUGAUGGAUUUUGCCAAAGAAACGGGGAAAACAUUAUACGAGGACCUCAAAUUGGACGAAAGAAAGGAUAAAAUAAACGAAAUGAUAAAUAAAUUGAACGUUGCAAUCAAUGCGGAAGCCGACACGAGAACAACAUUGGUGAGAGAAGAACAAGUGGAAAAAGAUCAAACGAACAAAGCGAAAAUAGCUUUUCUAAUUGGGAAAAGCGAUGAAAAAACUCAAGCUUUGGCCAUAUUAAUGUUACAUUUUUGUGCUGGACUUCAACACAUACAAGAUUUAGAAGAUCAAGAAAAAGAAAACGAAAUGGCCGAAGAAAUAAAAUUACCACCGACGUCAUCAUCAUCAUCAUCAUUCGGUGAAAUCAAAUAA